AGUCGCAGACGUCUGGGCUGGAGCGAUGUUUUGUUUAUUUUUUGAAGUGACAAAAACUCCUUUGCUGAAGAAGCAGAUAUUAUCUGAAAUAAAUGCAUGAACGCCCUGUGACAUGUCGGUAAUAAUUUCUCCGGAGGGCUUUCAAGGGUCGCAGAGGCAGCAGCCCCAGGCGCACGACCUGACCUUUCACCGAAUCGCAGAACACACCUCUGCGAAUACUGGCGGAGAACCUAUUGCUGGCGGGGAAUCUUGUCCUAAAUGCAAACUGCCCAUCAACAACAAACAAAACCGUCUUGUCCAGGAUGCCUGUGGUCACACAAAGUGCAGGAUGUGCCUGCUGAACGAGGAGUCUGGAUGUUUUGAAUGCAGACAAAAUGAAGAACAAAAAAGAUUCAGCGAACUUCGACCUCCAGUCAUUGAAAACUACUUUGAACAAAACUUCGUCGAUCAGAGAAUAAUCAGCCCUGAGCCGACCGAUGUCCACCAUAGCAGGGGACCUGACACAUGGUCGAGGUCGUCAGUUGUUGAAAUGAGAAAUGAAAUUCCGAUUGGACAGCAGCAACAACCGUUGGACCUGAAAAGUGGAGAGAGCCCCGUUCCACCUUUGAUUCGAGACAAGAGUCCUGAGGUGAUGUUCGAGAGACUGCCGAGCGAGAAGACUGCUUCGUUACCCUUCAAGAAAAGUCUUCGUUUUCCAAAAAUCGAUUUAAACGGACAAAAGCAGGUCCUGGAAAGAAGAUUUGCUAGUGCACCUCCAGAAGCUAAAGAGGAGCAAUCUAAGCAACCGGGACCGGAAGUUGAUUCAUCCCAGCAAACACAAGCCAGUGCUUUGCGUAUUGGGAAUGUAAAAGAGGCGGCCGUUCAAGUUUCUCCCGAAGUUAUAGAAAAAUCUACAGAGCCAACUGACAAAAAGAAAAGAGGAAAAAAGGCUGAGCCUCUGCCUGGUCACAUAAAAGUCCAAGAAGGUGUGAAAAAGUCAUACAGCUGUGAUGUCUGCAAAAGGAGUUUUUCGAGCAGAGCCAAUGUCCAUUAUCACAUAUCUUGUGGUAGUACAGAGAAGCCGUUCGAGUGCAUGCAGUGCGGGAAAGGGUUCAUUUCCAUAACACAUUACAAAAUUCACAUUCGAUCUCAUUCUGGAAAACGACCAUUUGUGUGUGUUUAUUGCAGAAAAGAUUUUGCUCAAAAAGGAAAACUGCGACGCCACAUGAUGCUUCACACAGGCGAAAGACCGUAUUGCUGCGAAUUGUGCGGCAAAGGUUUCCGAGACCACAAUGCUUUGACCAAGCACAGCUCAGUUCACACUGACGAGCGUGCCUUCUCUUGCACCAAAUGCGAGAAGAAGUUCAAAGAAAUCAGCAACCUGAAGAAGCACAUGGUUGUGCACACAAAGGACAGACCGUACAUGUGUGACAUUUGUGGCAAAAGCUUCGGCUUUGUCAAUACAUUGGCCCAUCACAAAUUGAUCCACACAAGACGCAGGGACCAUGUUUGUAGAUUGUGUGAUAAGGCUUUUCGUCUGAAGAGAGACCUGGGCAGGCACAUGGCUGUGCAUUCAGAAAAGAAGCAGUUCAAGUGCCCUGUGUGUGAAAUUUCCGUGCGGCGAAAAGACAACCUGGAAAGGCACAUUCGCAACACGCACCCCAACUCGGGGGGCGCGGCGGAAAAUUUGGAGGCGGCAGCGCGCGCUAAAUCAAACACGGUGGCUGUAAUCAACGCGGCGCCUGCCAAGGCGGCACCAAACGUCCGCAACGUCGACUCGGAGAAAAGCCCGCACCUCUUUGUCGUGGGCAGCCAGCAGCCCUAAUUAAAAGAGGGCCAAUCGAAUGCAUUUUUCAAAAUUUAACGCUCCUUCCGAGACGCUCUUUGAAUGUGUUUUUGCACACUUGUGCCUGCCAAGGUCAAUUCGCAGAUGGUUCUUCCAUCCGAGAGAGCUUUCGCGGCCCAUUUGUAAUCUCGCACCGAAUUUCGUUGUUUUUUUUCCAGCCACGCAUGGAAGCUUCUUGUAUCAGCGCCGCUGCCUGUUUUCUUCAUCAUGCUGGCGAUGAAAUGACGUAAUCGAGCAUUAAUCAAGCCUCUAGCCGAAAUCAGUUGCUGCUCGAUCUCAGAGCAUUUUUCAGUUCAUUGACAGUGACUAAACUUUGGUCAAAAAUGUCAAAACGCUAAGUUCCUAAUUGUUAUAAAAUUUUAUUGGUAAUUUUUGAAAACGAACGUAUAGUUAUUGAAAUUGACGUUUAAUAUUCUUUAGACUUGUUCAGAAUUAAAGAAGAUAAUUUGAAAUUCUGGAAACUGUUCAUGUGAAGAAUCUUUGUGCAUAAUGUUUAAUAAAAAGUUUU